GCUAUCAGCCGUUAUUCUUAUCAUUUCGGUUACAUCACAGAAUAACAACAGAUAAAUGUAAUAAUUAUAAUGUUCAAGCAGCAGCUGUUGCAAACUACACAAAUGACCUCGAUCGUUUUGUUUUGGAGAAUAAGAUUAAUAAUAUUUUGUUGUUAUUGUGAUUCUUAACUUUGAAGUAGAACAAAAAUAAAGUUCCUUUUUUUUUAUUGACAUUUACAGUGGUAUUAAAUUGUAUUUAUUUUUUAGUAAAUGUUUAGUAAAUAUUACGAGUAAUCUAUAGCCAUUAUUUCAUCAGUUUAAACCGAGAAACAAUUUUGAUGAAAACUGAACAGUAUUAUGAUUGUUUCUAUUUACAUUACUUAAUUGGAGAUAACAAACAUAAUAUUUCAUCAAAUACUUGAGCAUUGUAUUGAAGACUGAUUACCUACGUAAUUAAAAAUGUCUUUUCAAUCAUUAGACCUUCUCCUUCAACAAGCAAAUGUAUCGGAAAAUAAAAACUUUACAAAAAAAUCAGACAAGAUUAAUUUACAAACACCAUUUGGUCUAAAUGAUUUGAUGUUUGAUGACAAUGAGCUAUAUUCUUGCGACCAAGAAAUUACAUCUUCAAUGUCAGAACUAAAUCUUAAUAAUCAAAUGAAUGGUGAAUGCCAAAACAUAUCAGAUUAUAUAAGCAAACAUUUAUCAUUAUUAUCUUCAGAUGAACCUAAGCUCUCGGUUGUAGAAAAUACUAAUAAAAUUGAUUCAAAACUACCUCUUUCUAACAUGAAAAGUGAAAAUGUAAUAAACGAGGUAAUAAAUAAUAUAAAAAGUGAAGAUAAAUUUAACUCUCAGCAACCUAUAAACAAUAAAGGUCUCUAUGUUAAAAAAUACAAAAUAUUCCGUACUAAGUCAUUAGCUAAAGUGCGGAAAUCACCUUUAGAAAAACCAGAUUCAGGUUUAAGUUUAACAUUGGGACGAAAAUACCCAAAAUCAAGUUUAAACUUAAUGAAUAAUUAUCUUUGUAAUGUAUUAAUCAAAACGCGAAGCUGUGGGUUCAAAUUUAACACCCCUUCUCCAGAUGAAUCAGUGUUAUCUUGGAUGGAUAUUGUUAGACAAAUGCCUAAUAAAUAAAUUGUUUUGUGUUAUUGUGCUCCUAAAUACAUUUUUUGUAAUUUUAA